AUGUCUGACCUACUUGGUGUUGAAGGUGAAGCAGAUGAUCUGGAGCAGUUGAGGAUUGUGCUGAUCGGGAGGACAGGAAGUGGGAAGAGUGCCACAGGAAACAGUAUUCUGGGAAGAGAUGAGUUUGUGAGUCAGCUGAGCAUGAGCGCAGUGACGACUGUUUGUCAGAAGAGAGUCGGUGAAGUCGACGGUCGAUCAGUGGCUGUUGUUGAUACUCCAGGUCUCUUUGACAUGACAUUGCCAAAAGAUCACGUGAUAGAAAAAUUGAUGAAGUGUGUUUCACUGUCAGCACCUGGACCUCACGUGUUCAUCAUUGUGUUGAGUUUGGGAAGAUUUAAUAGAGAGGAGACGGACACUGUGGAUCUGAUCAAGAAGAUCUUUGGUGCAAAAACUGCUCAGUUCAGCAUUGUUCUGUUCACUGGAGGAGACGAACUCGGAGAUGAAUCUGAAGAUUAUGUGAAGAGAAGUAAUAAUGCUGAACUCAAGAAACUGAUCCGAGACUGUGGAAACAGAUUCCUGGUGUUCAAUAACAAAGAAAAACGAGACAGAACUCAAGUGAUUCAGCUGUUCAACAUGAUAGAAGAGCUGAAACAUACGAAUGACAGUCAACACUUCACUAACAGCAUGUUUGAGGAGGCAGAGAUGGACAUUAAAAAGAGAAUGAAGAAAAUAAUGAACGAGAAGGAGAGAGAGAUUCAGGCUCAACAUGAGGAAAUAAAUACCAAAUAUGAGAUGGAAAUGAAAAACAUGAUGAAGAGACUCGAGGAAGAGAAACGAAGAGCAGAUAAGGAGAGAAUGAAAACACAGAAUCAACUGAGAGAAAAAGAGGAAAAACUCAGAAAAGAUUUUGAAGAAAAAGAGAAAAGUGAACAAGUAAAACAAGAGAUUGAAAACCAGAAACGAUUAGAAGAGGAAAAACAAAGAAGAGCUGAAUAUCAAGAGUUGAAGAGAGAGAUUGAAAAUCAGAGAUUACAGUAUGAAAAACAGCAGAAAGAAAGAGAAGAAGAAGAUAGAAAAAGAGAAGAGAAAUACAGACGAGAUCUAGAAAAGAUGAGAAAUGAGCAUGAGCGAAUUAUAGAGGAGUUACAGAUGAAACAUGAAGAGGAGAGAAAAAAAGAGAGAUUUGGAGGAGAGAAGGAGGAAUGAAGAAGAAGAGGAAGAGAUGGAAAAUAAAAAUAAAAGAGGCUGAAAAUGACAGAAAAGAGAUUCAAGAGGAAAUUAAAUGACAGCAGAGAGAGUGGGUGUCGUGAAUAUGGCUCCCACGGUUCAUCCUCCGGACCGCCGGAGGGAGCCAUCUCCGGAAUAUUGACUCUUUGCCAUUCGGACUCCAUUUCCCAUAGGCCCUCAUUCCUGGGACUGAUUGCACUUUCACCUGCACCACAUCACAUACACACUAUUUAAGACACGCACGCACACCAUAUCUUUGCGAAGUCUUGAUUUGCUACGGUAGUCAUUUCUGAGCGUUAUUCUGUGGACUGAUAUCUUGUUAUUACCCAGACUGUUUGUUGUCUGUGAACCUCUGCCGCCUGCCCUGAACUUUGCUUGUACCCUGGACUGUGAUUGUUUGUCGCCUGUCUUGAUCUCUGCCUGUGACCCGUCUCUGAUUCCUGCUGCCAGCCUCGACCCCUGCCUGUCCCUGACUACGGUAUUGUUCUGCCCUUUCCUGUACUGCUGCUGUGUUUAAUAAAGCUGCUUAUGGAUCCACACACUGUUGACCCUUCACUACAGUGGGAGGAUGAAAAGAAACAACAAAUGAGAGAACGAGAGGAAAAAGAAAGAAAGACAAAAGAGGAACAUGAGGAACAACUGAGAGAAAAACAAGAAGAACUGGAGAAAAUGAGAAAGAGAUUUGAAAGAGAGAGAGAAGAAGAAAGACAGGAGAUAGAGGAAGAGAGACAGAAACAGAAAAGAGAAAGAGAAGAAAAAGAGAGAAUAUGAGGAAAAGAUACAUGACAUGAAAAGACUGGAACGAGAGAGAACAGGAGUGGGAGAGAAGAAAACGAGAAGAUGACGAGAGAUGAGAGGAAGAGAGAUGGAUUGAUGAAGAGAUGGAUGAAGAUGAUUGAAGAUGUGAAACGAGAACAAGAAGAGGAGAUGAAGAGAAGAGAAAAAGAGGAGAAAGAGAGAAAGGAAAGAGAAGAGAAAGAGCGAGAUGAAAUGAAAAAGAAAUAUGAAGAGGAACUAAAAGUCCUGAAGAAGAAGCAUGAAGAUGAAGCCAGAAAUCAAGCAGAGCAGAAUGAGUUCAGAGAGAGAAACGAGCAGCACCUUCAGGAGCUCCAGCAGAUGCUGGAAGAACGUCACAAACAACAUGAACUACUGGAGAAACUCCACAGAAACCUGCAGGAGCAGAAAGAAGAAGAAAUAAAAGAGCUGCUGCAAGAGAUGGAGAAACUGAAGAAGAGAUCCAGCUGUGCCAUUCUCUGAUUGUGUUCAAAGAAGAAUCAAUGUUCUUCCUAAUAGUGUGUAACGAGAAUGAACUAUUGAGUGUGAUUUAUUUUUACUCAAGUCUGAAUCCAGAGGGCGCUCUCGAGCAGAAAGUCCACAGUGACACUCAUAGGGUCUGUCCCAAUGCCCAGUGUCUGAAAUCACACUUUCUCGAGUAGAUAUUUACUUAUUUUGAACAAGUUCUCACUCUGCGACUGCUAAAGAACUAUGUUCUGUAUAGAUGAACGUAACCUUGGCACACAUCCGCCAUGUUGUCAUUAUCACAUGAUCUACCAGCAUCAGCUGCGUCUCUUCACUGACAUUCAACCAACGUUAUCAGUGAUGUAUAAUCAUUUAUAUAUAGCAUUAUAUAGACUAAAAUCUGUUUGUGACACUGAAGUGUAAAACAUUGCUUCACAUAUUGUUUGAUAAUUACUAAAAUCACCAGUUAAAUUUGUCAAAUACAGAACACUUACUGAAAUAAAUU